AUGAGAGCACCGACACUCAGGCCAUACCUGCGCCUCUUCGCGCCGAGCAUCAACUUCCCGGCCUCCGCCGCCAGCCAGACGAGAUGCCUUCACAAAACCCGGCCGCCGCCGACGAUCCCGCAACCGCGGCCGUUCGUUCCCGACGUUGAGACCUUCCUGACGCUCAUCGGCCGGGGGCUCAGCAAGCACGCGUCCAAGUUCCCCUCGUGGGAGUCGCUCUUCUCCCUCACGUCGCCACAGCUCAAGGAGAUCGGCAUCGAGCCCCCGCGCAACCGGCGGUACCUGCUGCAGUGGAUGCAGCGAUACCGCGAGGGCGCGCUGGGCCCCGGCGGCGACUUCCAAUUCGUCAAGGACGGCGAGGCGCUGCUCAAGGUCGCCACACCGCCGGCCGCGGUCGUCAGCGAUGCCAGAUACGUGGUGAACGUGCCGCACGGGGCGACGGCGGAGGGCGAGGAGGCGGCGGCGGCGGCGGCGGAACAGCAACAGCAACAGCAACAGCAGCCGGAGACGCUGCCGCGGCCGAACGGGUACACGGUGCACGGACUCCGGUCAAUAGCCGGGCCGUACGCGAGGCCGCUCCCGGGACAGGCCGGCGCGGUGGUCAAGGUGACGGAGGGCAUGUGGGAGCAGCGCCGGGGACGCAAGAUUGACGGUGGCGAGAGGCGGAGGGCCGAGGUGCGGUUCAAGAGGCGCUCGGCCGAGCGCAGGGCGGAGCGCGAGGCCGAGGUGCUGGCCAAGCUGUAG